GAGCGGCGGUGACAUCCUGCUGGCCGCUUCUCUGUGCGUAAAAGUUUAACACUCCGUGGAGAUUAUUUCAGGGGUCUGGGAGCGCGACAAAGUCCAUAUCCUGCUCUCCGGGAAUUGUUCAGCUGCCCCUUGUACACCGAAUGGAAGAGGAUAUAUAACUUUUCAACUGCUUUUACGGAGAGGCACGGAGGCGGGAAGGUUCAGCGGCGAGCGGAGGCGUCGACGGAGCCGAGCCUGCAGAGCGCGCGCUGCGCUCCGCGGCACACUGACCCGAAGGACGGCACCUCGGAGACACGGUAAUGACGGCACGGAGCUGAACAUGGAGCUUUUUUGGAUUUUGUUAUUUUCUAGUCUGUGUCCGCUUGCCUCCGGCCAAGGAGUUUACGCUCCUGCCAACGCCCAGAUCGUGCACUCAGGCGCAGCAUGUAAUGUCAAGGACGAUAACAUCAGCGAAAGAAUCUACACCAUCAAAGAAGGAGACACUCUGGUGCUUCAGUGUAUUGUUAAAGGACACCCUCGACCGCAGGUGCGGUGGACGAAGACAGCGGGCAGCGCUUCAGACAAGUUCCAGGAAACAUCCAUCUACAAUGAAACGCUGCGCAUCGAGGGCAUCCAGAGGGUGCAGGGGGGUCGCUACUACUGCAAGGCCGACAACGGGGUGGGGGUGGCUGCCAUCAAGUCCAUCCGCGUAGAUGUGCAGUACCUUGACACUCCAGUUCUGACGGUGCACCAGACCAUCAGCGACGUGCGUGGCAGUUACUACCAGGAAAAGACGGUGUUCCUGCGCUGCACCGUCAACUCCAACCCUCCUGCAAGAUUCAUCUGGAAACGCGGGAGUACGCUCAUCGAGCAGAGCAAGGACAACGGAGUGGACAUCUACGAGCCUCUUUACACUCAGGGUGAGACCAAGGUGCUGAAGCUGAAAAACUUAAGACCCAAGGACUUUGCUGAUUACACCUGCCAGGUGUCCGUCCGCAAUGUGUGUAACAUCGAAGAUAAGUCUGUCACCUUCAGGCUCACUAAUGCCACAAGCCCCCCAAUGAUCCGGCUGUCAGUCAAUGACACGGUGGUGGUGGAUCCCGGGCAGGAUGUGCCCCUGAGCUGUGAUGUGAUUGCCGGUUUCCCUCCGCCCAACGUGACAUGGUCGCGUUACCCCGGUCUUCUUCCCCUCAGUGCACAAGUCCGAGGGUCAAAACUGAUUCUGCGAGCUGUCACGCCGGCGGACGCAGGUUUCUAUAACUGCUCGGCUGUCAACAACGUCGGCAACCCGGCCCGGAAGAACGUCAACCUGGUGGUCAGGACAAUGAGCAAUCUGACUUUCCAGAUCACGCCGGACUCCAACAAGGACAGUGAGACCAUCCAGAUGCGUCGAGAUCUCAAGCUGUCGUGUCACGUCGACGCCACGCCGCAGGACAAGGUCAACUACACCUGGUACAAGAACGGCGCGCCGGUCUACAACUCGGACAGCCUGAUUCUGCUGCGCAGCGACCCAGAUAUGGCCCCCGGCACCAGCAGCUUGGAGAUCGUGGACAUGAAGUUCAGAGACUUGGCCACCUACAGCUGCGUGGCAAACUUUCCAGGCAGCAGGGUGCCGGAGCUCCGAGUGGACAUCAACAUCUCUCAGAACAGCGUCUCUCCUCCGAUGCUGGCCGUUCCUCCAGGCGGUCAGGCUGUCAGCGUUCGAGAGGGUGGGACGGCCGAGCUGGCUUGCCUCGUCGUCGACGGAAAACCGCGUCCUCCCGUACUGUGGUCGCGGGCGGAUAAGGACCUCCUCAUGCCAUUGGGAAAGACCAUGGUGGAAACGCCCGACGGUCGACUGAGGCUGAGGAACGUGAGCCGGGACAUGAUGGGAGCGUACCGGUGUCAAACGGCCACGUACAACGGGCUGAACAUCAAACGCAGAGAAGCACAGGUUCAACUCAACGUGCUCUUCCCUCCCACUCUGGACCCGGUCUUCCAGGACGUGCGUGCCCGGAACUUUCAGACAGUGACUCUGAGGUGUGCCAUCCUGCGGUGGAACCCGCCUCGCCUGACAGACGUUCGCUGGUACCGAAAUGGAGACGCGAUCCGGAUGCCGAUGCCGGACCUGAAGGAGGUGCCGGAGCUGAAGUUCAAACUGGAACCGACCAACAACGGCACUUAUGAGUGCCGGGUCAGCAACAUCGCAGGAACCUCAACAUGCACCUUUAACGUGUCCGCACAACCUUACAAUGUUGAGUUCUACUUUGAUACACCAAAUCCAGUUCGGAUUCUGAAAGGAAAUAACUAUUCCUACAACCUGCAGUGGACACAGAAAGAUCCCGAGGCUACGGACCGUAUCAUGGGCUACUGGAUCAUUGUCCGAAAGAACAAGCAGAACCUGGUCUACACUCAGAUAGAUCUCAAGGGGAAGGAUCCAGAGAAAGGUGUGUUGCUGUCCCACACAAUAUCCAACCUGAGGAUCCCUCUGUCCUACGAGGUCCACCUGGCCCCCAUCACCACCUACAGCAGAGGGGACUUCGUCAGUCGAAUCAUCCAGUACUCCGAGCCAUACACCUACCCACGACCUUCAGACCAUGUGUGUGGUUUUGAGGAUGAGCGGAUUUGUGGCUUCUCUCAGGACCGAAGCGACGUCUUCGACUGGACGAGACAAAAUCACCUGACACAGAAUCCAAAGCGAUCUGCCAACACCGGCCCAGAGACGGAUCGCAGCGGGACCAAGGAGGGCUACUACAUGUACAUUGAAGCAUCCCGCCCUCGUGUUCAGGGGGACAAGGCGCGCCUGCUGUCUCCACUUUUCAAUGUGUCCUCAAUCAGAGGACCCAAGGGCUCCGGCAGAGUCCCGUACUGCAUCUCCUUCUACUACCACAUGAAGGGCAAACACAUCGGGACUCUCAACGUUCUGCUGAGAGUAAGGAGCAUUGCCUCUGUGGACUCAGUGAUGUGGUCGAGGAGCGGCCAUCAGGGUCCCGACUGGAAGAAAGCUUUCUUCAACAUCACUCCGAGUGGACCCUUCCAGAUUGUGUUUGAAGGAAUUCGAGGCCAAAGCUUUGAGGGGGACAUCGCAAUCGACGACGUGUCCAUCACCAUAGGAAAAUGCAAAGAGGAAAACACUGUAGCCAACGCAGGUAAGACAGUUCUUAUUGGAGGGUCACACGCCCUGCCAUUGGCCAGUUGGAUGACCUUUGGCCUCUCCUGCUUCCUGUCACUGCUCUACAGAUGAUGAGCGCCACCUCCCGCUGUCUGUGCUGACAGACGCCGCCCUGACUUGCGCUAUUUGACUUCUCUGUCUCUCUCUCUCUCCACCCCUCUCCCUCCUCUCUCUCUCUCUCUCUCGCUCUCUCCCUCUCUCUCUUUCUCUCUUCAUGUGUGUUUUCUUCACGUCUUUCUAUCCAGCACUCAUUUGAUCUUUCUUGCUUCGAGUGAAAGAAACAUUUUCUUUGCCUCGUUUUCUAUCCUCGGCCUUCUUUGAAGAUCCACCUCACCGGAGUCAGUCUGUAUAACCCAGUGAUGCUCAGACUGUAUUUAACGUUAACAUACUUACUGAUCUUCACCGUCAAACCUGACGUUCUCUUCUUCAUCACUUGAUUAGAUUCACUUCAUCCACGUCACCUUGCCACCUUUUCCUCUCCUUCCAUAAACCUUCCUCGCACCCUUGGUGUGUCUUCACCUCCGUUGGACCGCUUUCCUCUCCGGCCACUGCUAUUCCCCAGACACACCAAAGUGUCGGACACUCUACCAAAGAUGACAAAGGACCUGAGGGAAUAUAAUGAGGGAAAAGGGAUUCCAGGAAGGUGAAAGUGAGAGAGAAAGUGGGAUUUAAAAAAAAAAAAAAAAGAAUCAAACUUUUUUUUCCACAGACUGUCUCCCUCCUGUCCCAGCUUUUGGUAUUACAGGAGCUCCUAAAUGACGAAGACGGACGGA